AUGUGGGUACGUGAUAUUUCCCUCCCACCGACUAAGGAGUAUAUCGUCACCCACAGAUUCACGAGAGUAACGUUUGGGCUCAAUACAUCACCGUUCCUGCUGGCAUCCACAAUUGCAUUCCACCUCGAUCAUAUGACAUCAAGUAGCGAUAUGGCCAAAGAAAUAAAGGAAAACGUCUACGUCGAUAAUUUGGCUAUCGGGGCGAAAAACUUAGAAGACGCACUGAGUAAGUAUUACGUGGCUAAAGACGUCUUUAAGGGCCUCAACAUGAACUGA